AUGGAUACGUGGAGUCAUACAAAGACCAAGCUUGGAUACUGCAUAUUUGUCUUUGUAGCUCUCUAUCACAUGUUUAGCCAUGUUCAUGUUCAAGUUGAUGGAAGGUCCAUCUCCUUGGUUAGAAACAUGGAGUUGGCUAAGCAUGAAGGAGCAAUAAAAACAAUACAGAGUGAAGAUGGUGAUGUAAUUGACUGUGUUGAUAUCUACAAACAACCUGCUUUUAAUCAUCCUCUUCUCAAGAAUCACACCAUACAGAUGAAACCAAGUUCAUAUCCGAGAGGAAUGGAAACAGAACAAUUCGAAUCAGAGCUGCUUCAAGGUUGGCAUAAGAAUGGACAAUGCCCUGAGGGAACAAUCCCCAUUGUUAGAGCACAAAUACACAACUCUACUCGGACUAUGGCAUUUGUUCCUCGAAGAAAAAACCUUGACCAAGUUGCAAGUGCAGCUGUCAGAAAUCAUGAGUACGCUCAAGUUUCUGUGGUUAAUGGCAACUAUUUUGGAGCAAGUGCAAUGCUUAACGUAUGGAAUCCAGCGACAUUUGAUAGCGAGUUCAGCUUAGCACAAAUCUGGGUUUUGUCAGGCCCUCAGGAUGAAUUGAACUCUAUGGAGGCUGGAUGGAUCGUUAGCCAAGUCGAUAAACGAACAAAAUUAUUCAUAUACUGGACUAGCGAUGACUAUCAAAGCACCGGUUGCUAUAAUCUUGAUUGUCCUGGAUUUGUGCAAACCGACAACAAGUUUGGCCUUGGUGGAAAUCUAGAACCUGUUUCCACCUAUGGGGGCGAGCAAUAUGAGAUGAGCAUAACUAUACGUAAGGACAAGCAAAGUGGAAACUGGUGGUUGAGGAUACAGAACGUAGAUUUGGGAUACUGGCCAGGCUCCAUCUUCACAGGGUUGUCUGACAGGGCAGAUUUUAUAACUUGGGGCGGAGAGAUUGUCAAUUCAGAAUUAGAAGGGCGCCACACCUCUACUCAGAUGGGGAGUGGCCAUUUUCCUAGUGAAGACUUUGGAAAAGCAAGUUUUUUCCGAAAUCUUGGGUACAUUGAUGAUUCUGGAGCUGUGAGAGAUCCUGAAAAUCUUGUGCCAUAUGUGUCAAAUCCUUCAUGCUAUGAUUUACAUAUACCAAGCAAGAACGACUUUAGAACCCAUUUCUAUUUUGGCGGCCCUGGAUAUUCUGAUAAAUGCCAGUAG